UGCUCCUCCGCCUCGCUUGAAACUCCGCCAGGCUUCCGUUCCUUGUCUAUCGCUUCUACAUUAGGGUUUUCGUUAGGUUUCCGUCCUCUGCUCCCGUUCCGUUCUGGGGCUUCGUAUUGUGAUCUACAUCUUCUUCGCCUCCCUUGAUUGCUUGGGAGUAUUGGCUGCUGCUGGAAUGGGGAUUCCCGGCGAGUUCUGCUGUUCUCGCUGGUGGCUGUUCUUAGCUCUUUAAGCGAUCUAUUUGAUUAAGUUUCCUUCUGAAGGGCCGGCGUGGGUAUUCCGUGGUCGUCGGAGGCCGCCUGCUUCGCUUGAGGGGGUGGCCGGGGCUCCGGCCUCGGCGGCUUUCGAAGCCCCCAUCUUGAGAUUCAGAUCUGAGAAGGUAGGCUUUUCUUUUUGUUUUGUGGCUGCGACCGGGAAGAGAUGCCGGCCCUCGCGUGCGUAGAUGCUGCAGUUGUGCCCCCUGGCUACGCCUUCGCGAGAGAUGGCCCUCUUCCCGCGCCGAGGGCAUUCCUUGGCGGCGCUCCGACGACGGGAGAUUACGACACCUCUGACUUUUCUGCGCCCUGGUCCACCGCCCAUUCCAGCGCCCUUUAUCGGAUCGACGGAUGGGGCGCGCCUUACUUUCGCGUCAAUUCCUCCGGCGACAUCGCCGUGCGGCCGCACGGUGCCGCCACCCUUCCCCACCAGGAGAUCGACCUCAUGAAGGUUGUAAAGAAGGCCUCUGCUUCCAAAUCUUCCGGCGGGCUUGGCCUCCGCCUUCCGCUCCUCGUCCGCCUUCCAGACGUCCUGAAGCACCGGCUGGAGUCCCUUCAUGCCGCCUUUGACUUUGCCAUCCAAUCCGUCGGAUACGGUGGGCGCUACCAUGGCGUCUACCCGGUGAAAUGCAACCAGGACCGCUACAUCGUGGAGGAUAUCGUUGAGUUCGGUGCGCCGUUCCAUUACGGCCUCGAGGCCGGAUCCAAGGCGGAGCUCCUCCUCGCCAUGAGUUGCCUUACUCGAGGCAGCCCGGACGCUCUCCUUGUCUGCAAUGGAUACAAGGACGAGGAGUACAUUGCCCUCGCCCUCAUCGCCCGAAGCAUGAAUCUCAACACCGUGAUCGUCCUGGAGCAGGAGGAGGAGCUCGACACGGUUGUCGAGACCAGCCGGAGGCUUGGCAUCCGGCCGGUAAUCGGUCUCCGCGCCAAGCUUCGUACCAAGCAUUCUGGUCAUUUUGGAUCCACCUCUGGAGAAAAGGGCAAGUUCGGCCUGACCACCAUGCAAACCCUAUCUGUAGUCCAGAAACUCCAGCGCCUAGACAUGAUCGAUUGCCUGCAGCUCCUCCACUUCCAUAUCGGCUCGCAGAUCCCAUCCACCUCGCUGCUCGCCGAAGGCGUCGUCGAGGCCGCCCAAAUAUACUGCGAGCUCUCCAGGCUUGGAGCCUCCAUGCGCGUCAUCGACAUUGGCGGUGGCCUCGGCAUCGACUACGACGGCUCUCACUCCGGCGAUUCGGACAUGUCGGUGAAUUAUGGCCUCGAAGAAUACGCCUGCACCGUGGUGCGGACCGUGAUGUUGGCAUGCGACCGCAAGAAUGUAAACCAUCCAAUUAUCUGCAGCGAGAGCGGCCGCGCCCUGGUGUCCCAUCAUUCCGUGCUCAUCUUCGAAGCAGUCUCAUCCGACUCCAUCAAGGCCGAUGCAUCGCCAUUCGCCGGUCCCAAUCUUUCCUUCCUCGCCGACGAGCUUGCGGACGACGCGCGUGCCGGUUACAACAGUCUGAUGGCCGCUGCAUAUCGCAGAGACUAUGAAUCCUCUGCAAUCUAUGCAGAGCAGUUGAAGCGGACAUGCGUCGAACACUUCAAGGACGGUAUCAUUGGCCUUGAACAUUUGGCAGCCGUGGAUGGCCUUUGCGAUAUCGUGACGAAGAAAUUAGGCGUGGCUGAUCAGGUGAAGACUUACCAUGUUAAUUUGUCCAUCUUCACCUCGAUUCCAGAUUUGUGGAGCAUCGGGCAAGUCUUCCCAAUUGUCCCAAUCCAUCAUCUCGACCAGCGGCCGGGAGUGAAGGGCGUUCUUUCCGACCUAACUUGCGACAGCGAUGGGAAGGUGAACCAGUUCAUCGGAGGGCUGACGAGCCUACCGCUGCACGAAUUCGGCGGCGGCGGGGGCGGGGGCGGGUACUAUUUGGGGAUGUUCCUCGGAGGGGCUUACCAGGAGGCGCUUGGGGGGCUGCACAACCUGUUCGGGGGGCCGAGCGUUGUGCGCGUGGCGCAGAGCGACGGACCGUACUGCUUCGCGGUUACGCUGGCGGUUCCCGGCUCGUCCUGCGCCCAGGUCCUGCAAGCGAUGCGGCAUGAGCCCGAAGUGAUGUUCGAGGCGCUCAAGCACCGCGCAGCAGAGUGCGGGGUGGGGGGCGCCGACGCCAUUAUGCGCGCUUUCCAUUCGAUGCCGUAUCUCAUCUGCCGGACCGGCGGAGGCGUGGGCGGAGGUGAUGCUAUCGGCAGCGACUCAGACGGGUGCUGCGGCGGUGGGGACGUGAUUGGCAGCGACUCGGAUGGGUGCUGCGGCGGAGGUGAGGAGGAAGACGAAGACGACUGGGGCUUCAUGCGUUCCUUGAUCGUGUGAAGGUGAUUGAUUCUGCUGCGUUCUCCUAGUAUAGUCUCCGUCGACAAUUUAGUGGUCGUGGUCGUCGUAGUUGUCGUCGUCGUCGGAGUGUGUCGUCGGUCUCUUAUUUUCUGUUCAAUCAUGGUAGCGGGGUGGGCGUGUUAGAUCCGCAUCUACUUUUGGCGAUGGCGUCUGAUCGCUCACGUGACUCGUUGGGCUUUUCUCAUUUCCUUGCAAAUUUCCUUGUUCCAAUUUACUAAUUGUUCUUCUCAUAUUUUAUCAUCGUGCUCUGCUAGUCUGCUAGAUUUCAUAUUAAUCGACGCAGCAACUUUGUUAGCUAAAAUACAUUUGUUAUAUUAUUUCAGCAACAUUUCGCUUCUAUAAAUGCAUUAUGGCUUUGUAAUA